AUGUCUGGCCGUGGGAAGAAAGCUGCGCCCAAACCUAAGUCUGCAGUGUCGAGGUCUUCCAGGGCAGGGCUCAGUUUCCCAGUGGGCCGCAUCCACAGGCUGUUGAGGAAAGGCCACUAUGCUGAGCGAGUCGGCACCGGGGCUGCAGUGUACCUUUCAGCCGUCCUGGAGUACCUCUCCGCUGAAAUCCUGGAGCUUGCAGGGAACGCCUGCCGUGACAACAAGAAGCAGCGCAUUGCUCCCCGCCACAUCUUGUUGGCGGUGAAAAAUGACGAAGAGCUCAACAAACUGCUGGCAGGGGUCACGAUCUCGGACGGUGGUGUCAUCCCAAAUAUCCAAGCAAGCCUUCUCCCCAAGAGGACCAAGGGGCCCAAGGACGACAGUUCAGCUAAAGAUGUUCAGUCACAAGAGUUUUAA